AUGAUUUCAAUCGUAAAAUUUAUUUCUUGGGCCCUUUUGAUUUCGGCUGUGUCCUCGAAGAGAGUCAAUUUGUUUAUAAGGCCUCUUGAUGGAACAGAGUCAAAUCCAAUUGGGUACAUUGAGAAUGAAUUGGUUUACUUAAUGGAGACGGACUUACAAAAAGAGUAUGGUUAUUGUAUUGGCACUAAAGACAUCCACCACCAUGACUGCUUUAGCUACCAUACAAACUUAGCAAACUUGAGCCACGCCGUCUUUCAUCUAUUUCUUGAUGGUGAUGGUGAUGUGGAAAGGUUAUCGUUAUCCUUCGACGACAAGUUGAAUGAGCCAAAGGUGGUAAAACACAAAAUACUUGUUGCACCAGGACCGAAUUUGACUCCAGCCUCGAUUAAUAAGCCAAGAGAGGAACAAAAGAAUGGAGGAGGAGGAGAAGGGAUCGAGGUGCCAGUCGAUAAUAGGUCUUGGAUACAAAAGAAUUGGAUGUAUGUGGUGCCUCCAUUAAUUAUUUUUAUGUUUGCUGGUGGUGGUGGUGGUGGUGCUGCUACCGCUGAACAAGGAAGUUAG